AGGUUCAAGCUCGUGUUCCUCGGCGAGCAGAGCGUCGGCAAGACGUCCCUCAUCACCCGCUUCAUGUACGACACGUUCGACAACACGUACCAGGCCACCAUCGGCAUCGACUUUCUGUCCAAGACGAUGUAUCUCGAGGACCGCACCGUCCGCCUCCAGCUGUGGGACACGGCCGGCCAGGAGCGCUUCCGCAGCCUGAUCCCGAGCUACAUUCGCGACUCGAGCGUCGCUGUCGUCGUGUACGACAUCACGAACCGGGCGUCGUUCUUGAACACGAGCAAGUGGGUCGACGACGUGCGCUCUGAGCGCGGCAACGAUGUCAUCAUUGUCCUCGUCGGCAACAAGACGGACCUCAACGACAAGCGGCAAGUGACGACCGACGAGGCCGAGCAAAAGUCCAAGGAGCUCAACGUCAUGUUCAUUGAGACGUCGGCCAAAGCCGGGCACAACGUCAAGACGCUGUUCCGCAAGAUUGCCCAGGCGCUGCCCGGCAUGGACCGCGAGGGCGGCGAGCAGCAGCAGGCCAACCAAAGUGCGUCCUUCUGCCUCUCUCUCUCUCUCUUCCUUGUACCCUGGGCGGUGCACUGA